AUGUAUGCGGCCAUCGCUAAGUUCCAAUGGAAUCAGCUAUUCGCAUGUUGUUACUGUUUCAAACGGCAUCGGAGAAAGUCGGGCGGAUAUUACGACCAUCGAAACAAAGAGAUGGACUAUCUGAACACGCCAUCGCGCCGGUCAUCGGGCUCGGCAUCAAGCACCAGUCCGACUCAUGCUUCGACUUCUACUAGGCAGAAGAUAAUAGCCGGUCAUGAUCCUAUUAAUUUCUGGGUGAUCCGCGACAACGAUAUCGAGGUUUCAAGAAUACAGCCAGGAUCUACUGAAGGUAAUUUUUUCUGGGAUGCAGUGAGGGACUUCAUCCAUGAUCCAUCACAGGAACUUAUUGACUGUCAUCAACCUAAACCAAUAUUACUGCCAACUGGGGAGUUGAAGAAACCGUAUCCAUGGCAUCCUGAUAUUGUGGAUACACAGAUAUUUCAGAUUGGUAGCUUGGCGAUUGUAGCCGUACCUGGAGAAUUUAGCACUAUGUCUGGCAGAAGAUUGAGGGAUGGUGUAAAGAAGGUAUUAAUAGACAAUGGCUGGCCAUCAGAUACACAUGUGGUCAUUGCAGGAUUAUCUAAUGUUUAUACACAUUACAUCACAACAUUUGAAGAAUACCAGGUACAACGUUAUGAAGGUGCUUCUACUAUAUAUGGCCCCCAUACUCUGAGUGCCUAUAAACAACAGUUUGAAAUUCUUGCAGCAGCUUUAGCAAAGGAUACAACAGUAGAUCCAGGACCCGCUCCACCUUUUAUGUUACAAGAACAGAUAUCGCUGCUUCCUCCUGUAUUUUUUGACAGACCACCACUUCUCAAAAAUUUUGGAGAUGUGUUAAGUGAUGUACUACCAGUGUAUACAAAGAAUUCUAAUGUCAAUGUUACAUUUGUUACUGCUAAUCCAAGGAACAGUCCACAUCUGGAAGACACUUAUCUGAGUGUUCAAUUCAAGGAGAAUGAUAGUCAGUGGCAAGAAGUUUAUAAUGAUGCUGAUUGGUGUACUCGCUAUGAAUGGAUUCGUAAAAACAUUUUGCUUGGUGAAAGUGAUGCAACUAUUUACUGGGAUAUACCAAGUAACGCAAAACCAGGAUCCUAUCGGAUUCAACACUCUGCUUAUGCAAAACAUGUUCUGGGAGGAAUUAAGCAGUUUCUUGGAACUUCCUCUGUAUUUGAAGUUAAAUAGUGUUAUGAAAACAGAAUACAUGUAGAAUGAUGAUGGCGACGACAUCACAAAUGUACACAAUUGUGGGAAUGUUUUUAAGAUAUGACUCGAUCAAUGUGAUAUAAUUUACUCGUAUACAUUAACAGAAAAUAGUGUUUCAGAACUUCC